GUUAAGUUUAAGCGCGUUCUUUCACGCUCCCUCUCUCUGUUUUGUUUCCAGUGCCCCUUGUUGCCCCCCUUUCUCUUUGUCCUCUAAGCCCAGCAGCACCUCUUUAAUGGCGGUCUCGGCCCGAAUCGCAGUUGUCGGAGACGUCCAUGAUGAUUGGAAUCUAGAGGAAGAUACAAAAGCACUUGAACUUUUGCAGCCGGAUUUGGUGCUGUUUACAGGCAGGUUUUCUUUUCUCUCACCUUAUACCUAUCUGAUGUCAUUGGCUGGCCUUCAUUUACUCCACAUGUGGUGCCUUCAUGACCCUUUUUGCCUGUUUUAACUGUCUUUCUUUGCCUUUUUAAUUUUUCUUGCCCUUCCCUCUUCCUGGGCUUUAUUCAGGUGAUUUUGGUAAUGAAAAUGUGGACCUUGUUCAAAGUGUUGCAGAUCUUAAAUUUCCUAAGGCAGUUAUUUUGGGAAAUCAUGAUUCCUGGUAUACUCAAAAGUUCUCACAAAAGAUGAAGGAUGGUGUUCAACUUCAACUGGAAUGGUGAGCGUACCUUAUCUCUGAGCAUGCCAGAUUUUGGGAUGAUGCCUUUUAUGUCUUCAUUUUCAUUGGUUAAAUGUUUUACAAUUUGAAAAUAUGUUGAUGUUACUCCUAUUUUGAUGAUCUUAAAAUCUCUUAUUCUUCAGUUUUGUUCGACAAUGUCAGCAUUAAGCACGCAUAUAGGGGUCUGGUUCCUUUAUUAUCACAUCCUAAUUUGCUUCUUACAUAGAUGGUGAAAGACUGAAUUUGUGAAGAACGACUGGAUAAUGUAGGAAGCGUACAUGUGAUGGCUCUCUUCUGUAGUGUUGUCACAAAUCAUGUCUUUGAAAACAGAGAUUGCAUUAGACUUUCUGCGUAUUGCUGAUUUAUGAUGAAAGAGACAUGGAUAAAUACUUGAUUGGACCAACAAUGAAUUUAAAGAUAUAAUGUAGUACUAGGUUCAUUUUCCUUCUUAUAAUUAUUACCUCAUUCCCAUAAUAAGUUCCCUUUUGAAAGAUUAUUAAAAAUAAAACAAAGUUAAGAUAAGGAGUAAGCCAUACAUGUAGCCCCAAGUUUUGCAAUCAUCAUUUUACUUCUUGCUGGAAAGCCCUAUUAUUCUCUGAAAAAAUCAAGGGGAUUGAAUAGACUUGGAAAGGUUUUAUAAUAUUUGUGAAUUGUUAGCCCAUUGGACAGAAUUAUUUGAUGUACUGAAUGUAGCUUUUCAAACGUAAUUUUGAAUAAUUUCUCAAUUCCUUUCCUUUAUGAAAAAUCAAAAGGAAUGUAAACACAAAAGAAAAGGGGAUACUGUACAUAUGCAUAACCUCCUGGAUUAUGCUCAUCUAUGACUUUUCCUUUCGUAUGAUUUUUGGCAUUGGGAAUGCCAUGCAUGUAAUGUAAUAAAGUUACAAAAAGACAUCGGAUGCCUUUAAUGUAUGUCCUUCAGCACAUUGCAUAUCAUGCAUGAACUGAGCUCUGAAGAAAUUCAACUGCUGAAUGAAAAUACCUUUCUGGAAACAACCAGUCUUGGCGAAGAGCAUGUAGGUUACAGGCAUCUGGAUUUCCCUACUUUAAAACUUAGUGUUGUUGGUGGACGGCCAUUUUCUUGUGGUGGUGACCAGUUGUUCCGGAAAAGGCUUCUUUCUGAGAGAUAUGGAGUCCAAGACAUGGAAGGAAGUGCCAUGAGAAUCUAUAAUACUGCUUCACGCACUCCAGAAAACCAUCUAGUUAUAUUUCUUGCACAUAAUGGGCCCACAGGUCUUGGUUCUAAUUUGAAUGAUAUAUGUGGAAAAGAUUGGGUGUUUGGAGGUGGUGAUCAUGGUGAUCCUGAUCUAGCACAAGCAAUUGCCCACUUAAAAGAGACGACCAAACUGAAUAUUCCUCUGGUUGUGUUUGGUCACAUGCAUAAAGAGCUAGCUUAUGGAAAUGGUCUUCGAAAAAUGAUUGUGGUCAGCACUGACAAUACUAUAUACCUGAAUGGGGCAAUUGUUCCCAGAGUUAAAAGAAUCAAUGACGAUCAACGAGCUCCCAAUAGAAGCUUCAUGAAUAGCGAAACCUCACAGUUGACUCCAGAGUCCAAAGGUACGAGGCGCGCAUUUACUUUGGUUGAGAUUCUUGAAGGGAGAGUGGGUAAAAUUGCAGAAACAUGGGUUUCUGUUACUGGAGAUGUGACCUCAGUAGAAGAGGAGCAUGUAUUAUUUAAAUGUAGCAAUUAGCCCUGUAAUGUAAUCUAAUUAUCUUAACCUGAUAUGAAUUUACCUUCUUGUGGAUUCUUCUUCUUGCAGCAAUUCCAUUAGAAUAUUUAAGCC